CGCCGGGACGUUAGCAAGCGUUAGCACGGUCGGAAUCUAGGUGCUGCUCCAACACAACAAGACUUACAAACAGUUUCUUGAGAUCCUUGCUCGCUGUGCCUGUUCCAGGACUGCUGGGGUUUUUAGUCGCUUCUUCAACCCGCAACCAUGCCAGCCGCACUAGCAGAUACGAGUCAGAUUAUCUGCGAAGUCUGGGCGAGCAAUGUGGAAGAGGAGAUGAGGAAAAUACGACAGAUCAUUCAAAACUACAAUUACAUUGCUAUGGAUACAGAAUUCCCCGGAGUGGUGGUCCGACCCAUCGGGGAAUUUCGCAGCACGGUGGACUAUCAGUACCAGCUCCUCCGGUGCAACGUUGACCUGCUGAAAAUUAUCCAACUCGGUUUGACUUUUAUGAAUGAGGACGGAGACUACCCGGCGGGAACCACGACGUGGCAGUUCAACUUCAAAUUCAAUUUGACGGAAGAUAUGUAUUCUCAAGACUCAAUAGACCUGCUCCAGAACUCUGGCCUGCAGUUUAAGAAGCAUGAGGAGGAAGGAAUUGACACCCUUUACUUUGCUGAACUCCUCAUGACUUCUGGUUUAGUGCUGUGUGAAAAUGUCAAAUGGCUUUCCUUCCACAGUGGUUAUGAUUUUGGCUACCUGGUGAAACUGCUAACGGACUCGCGUCUGCCGGAGGAAGAACACGACUUCUUCCAGAUCUUAAACCUGUUCUUCCCAGCCAUUUACGACGUCAAAUAUCUAAUGAAGAGCUGCAAAAACCUCAAGGGAGGGCUGCAGGAGGUGGCGGACCAGUUGGAGCUGAAGAGGAUUGGCAGGCAGCACCAGGCUGGUUCUGACUCCCUGCUCACCGGGAUGGCUUUCUUUAGAAUGAAAGAGCUGUUCUUUGAGGACAACAUCGACGAUGCGAAGUACUGCGGGCGAUUGUACGGACUGGGUUCCGGAUCGUCCCAAAAUCAGAACGGCAUUUCCAAUUCCUCCCAAGAGGAGACCAACAACAAGCACUGACCAAACGUUAACCACAGAGCCCCCGUGUGGCGUGGAGGACGCACUUGUUUUUAAAUCCCAUCCAGCACAUGGCG